AUGGUUUGCAAUGACAAGUGGGCAGGGGGCCGUGCAGAACACCUGCUGAGGGACAGGCCGAAGGGGUUCCGGCAACCGGACCCAGGAGUCUACAACCGGGCGGGAGGCGAGGAGCGCUCUCUGCAGCGGGUCCAGAGCCCGGCACCGCGGCCUGCGGUCAAGGCCAGGUCGGGCGGGGACAGUGGAAAUCGCAGGGAGCCCACGCCGGCCGGCGCUGUCAAUGGCCCGCCCUUCUUCCUAGGCGCCUUAGACCGGGACGUGCUGCUGGCAGCCCGGCCUCGCAAACCUUCCUGUACCCUCCCCUAUACUGUCCCUCUGGCCCCUGCUGCACCCUUCCUGCAUCCUCCCUCCUCCGCCCUGCCCCCCCAUACCCUCCCUUUGCACCGCCUACAGCCACUCUCCUGCUCCCAUCUUUACUCUGCCCCUGCUGACCCUUGCGCCACCUCCCCCACUGCCUCCCUCCUCGCCCCUCCUCACAGGUGGCUUCUUCCACCCGCAGGUGUCAAUCGGCACUUCCACAUGAUCUGUAUCCGGGACAAGUUCAGCCAGAACAUCGGCCGGCAGGUCCCGUCCAAGGUCAUCUGGGACCACCUGAGCACUAUGUACGACAUGCAGGCACUGCACGAAUCUGAGAUUCUUCCAUUCCCAAAUCCAGAGAGGAACUUUGUCCUUCCGGAAGAAAUCAUUCACGAAGUCCGAGAAGGAAAAGUGGUCAUUGAGGAAGAGAUGAAGGAGGAGAUGAAGGAAGACGUGGACCCCCACAACGGGGCAGACGAUGGUGAGUGGGGGGCACCUGCCGACCCUGCCCCGGGGGCAGCCAAGCCUGCGUGUCGAGUCCGCUCGGGGCCAGAGCCACCUUGUCGGGCCUUCCACCUGCUUGGGCAAGAGCCCCGGGGCAGGCCCGGCGUUGCGCACGGCCAGCACCGCGAGCAGGCCCCAGGGCGGCCGGGGGCACUGGCACCCGGCAGGUGGAUGGCAGUUGUGUGGUUCAGGGGGUGCGGGUGCGGGGGGCCGGCCACAGGGGACGAGCUCCGCGAGGCAGGGCCGGGGGCGGGCGGGUCCUCCAGAGGACCCGGCUGUCUGCGGGCCACGCGGCAGCCCCAGCUCAGCGCCGCGUGUGGAGGUGGAGGUUUUCCCGGCUGA